UUUGCCUCCAGGAUGAUGUUGCGCAGCAGCUAGCAGAGCCCACAGUCAUGUCUGACUUCGUCCUGGGGAUAGAUGUGGGCACCACGUCGGUGAAAGCUGUGCUGUUGGCAGCGGGCUGCAGAACUGUGGCUGCGGGUCACUCGGAACCGACCGCUGCCGAUGUCAGCGACGGCAGCGGCGUGAAGGCGAAAGAGCAGGACUCUCGUCCGAUAAUAGACGCUGUGAACCGGUGCUUAGCUCGGCUGCCCGGAGACAAGCUGCAGCGUGUCAGCAGGGUCGGCCUCUCGGGGCAGAUGCACGGAGUUCUGUUCUGGAAAGCAAACAGCGGCUGUGAUUGGUCAAAUGGGAACUAUUUCACUCCCAGAGACACCAGUCGGCUGGUCACGUGGCAGGACGGACGCUGCAGCAGUGACUUCCUGUCUUCUCUUCCAAAGCCGGAGUCUCACCUUGGCGUUUCCACGGGCUUCGGCUGCGCGACCAUCUUCUGGUACAUGAAGCACAGGCCUCAAUUCCUGGAGGACUUUAGCGUUGCAGGUACGAUCCAGGACUACGUGGUGUCCAUGCUGUGCGGGUUGGACUCCUGCGUGAUGACGCCUCAGAAUGCAGCCAGCUGGGGAUUCUUCAACACCACAAGCAGUCAGUGGAAUGAGAGCGUUCUGAAGGCUGCUGGCUUCCCCAUGCGCCUGCUUCCUCGGUGUGUGCCGUCUGGUGCCUUGGUGGGAGAGACGCGUUCUGCCUGGCACGGCAUUCCUGCUGGUACGCCAGUAGGGGCCGCCCUAGGAGACUUCCAGUGUGCCGUCUACUCCUGCAUGAGUUCACCAGCAGACGCAGUUCUCAACAUAAGCACAUCAGCCCAGCUGACGUUUGCCAUGCCAGCUGACUUCACGCCUCCUGACUCUCCUCAGUUUGAGUCGUCCAUCUCCUACUUCCCUUACUUUGACUCGUCAUACUUGGCUGUGGCGGCGUCGCUCAACGGCGGGAACGCGUUGGCCACUUUUGUGGAAACGUUGACCGCCUGGAUGAAAGAACUCGGUGUGGAGCAGAGGGACAUGUGUAUGUAUGAGAAGCUGAUUGGCUCAGCCCUGAACCAGGAGAGCAGCGACCUGAUGGUGAGUCCCACCAUCCUGGGGGAGAGACACGACCCCCUCCGCCUGGGUCAAGUCACCAACAUCUCCGCCUCCAACCUCGGCCUGGGCCACGUGUUCAGAGCGCUUUGCCGCGGCGUCGUGAGCAACGUCACCGCCAUGAUGCCUAUGGAGCACCUGCAGCGGGCGGGCGUCCGCAGGCUGGUGGGGAGCGGGAGCGCGCUCGCUCGCAACAAGGUGCUGAGGCAGGAAGUGGAGAGGGCGUUUCCUCUCCAGGUGGUUUACGGACAGAACGCGGACUCUGCUGUGGGCGUGGCCAUGGCCCUCUGUGACCGAAUCUGAACGGUCGACGGGGGAAUCCUUGCACGUUUCUUUGAUUCGCCGAGAUUUUUUCCACAACUUUCAAGACUUUGAUUGAAUACAGUUGUUUUUGUUUUAACUAAUUGACAGGUUUGCUUAAAGUAGAAUUUGCCAUCUUAUUGCACAGUCAUAUAACAAAGCUAAAGGGGAAUUAUUAUGUACUACCCUUUUUUAAAAUCUGUUAUAAUAUCAUAUAUAUCAAAAGCAUAACUGGAAUGCUGCUUUGAUUCUUUCAUCCUUUUUUGAGAACUCCUUUAUGGCAACCAUUCAGUUCAGCUGAUUGCUGCCUAACAACUGAUCUAUCAACAAGUUUAUCCCUCAGAAGUUUUCUGUGUGACUUAAACACUUUGCUCUGCUUUUCUUGUCUGGAAAUAUAUGUUUUUACAUGCAUCGUGAAGCCUUCAGAAUCUCAGUUGAAGAUAAUUUUGCUGAAGUUGUAUUUGUUUUUGGGUUCUUUUUAGAUCAUAGGAGUUGAUGUAAAAUAAUAAACUGUUUAUAACAUUGGUAGAUAUUACAAAAUCAAUAGAAAUCACUUACUGAUCCCAAUCUGGAAAUCAAUAAACGUCUCUUUCUGACAGCACUUCUGUGUACUUCCCAGGCCUAAUUUGAGCAAAGGUCUAAUAAAUUGCAAAUGCUACA